UCAAUACCAAUAAUGAAAUUGUCUAAAGAAAACAUAGUAAUUAUUGCGAUAAAAUGUACAAGACUUAUAUAUUUUUAAUCUAUAUUUUACGUUAUCGAAUAUCGUUAGAAAUUUAUCUAAUAACCUUCAAGUUUUAUUACACAGAACCAUUGUGUGAUAAUUUAAUGAGUGAAUUUUUAAAAUAAAUUUUUUUUUCGUACCAUGUAAAGUGAUAUUUUGAAUACCACUAGACACGCAGCCCUACAUUACGUUAUUGGCAAAUACUAUCAUCAUCAAGUUGUCCUAUUACUUUCGGUGAUAUUUGACGGUGACUAAAAAGAAACAUGUUCUAAUCAGUGAUCAUUUGAUGCACCUGCGAUCACAGAAAUGUCACCUUGAACGUCUAAUAAGAGAGGACGGCGGGGUAAUUUUGGAACGCAACUAAGUGCGAGAGUAUGUAUGAAGAUUUGUUAUAUGUGUGUGACGUAUGGAAUGAUCAUGAAAAGAUGGUGACCGAUUGAUAGGAAACACUAUAUUUAAGAUUAAAGAAAUUAUGAAAUUUGUGAGAUCAUUAUAUUGAAUCGUAAAAAAGAACAUACGAUGUCCCACUGUAAAAAAGGUCCUUUGUCAUCAGGAUUUUAUCAAUUAGAUAUCAUAAUCGAAGGGGCAGUAUUAAGAAGCUCGUCAUUCUUGAAACCUAAUCCGUACAUAGAAAUUUCAGUGGAUGGAGAAAGACUUCUUACAACAGAUGUAUCCAAAUCCACAUAUCAACCAAAAUGGGAGGAAAGAUUUCAUGUAUUGGUCAAACCAUAUUCUCAAGUGCAUUUUCGUUUAUUUGACCAUAGCACAUUUAGAAAGGAUACGUUAUUAGGAGAGAAAAGAAUAAGUUUGUUUCAAAUUUUGUCCCAUUAUAAUGGAAAAUUAGAAAAUUUGGAGCUAACAUUUGAUUUGAUGAAUUCAAAUAAACAUGAUUUCUGUUCUAACAAAAUUGGAGAGCUAGUAACUGUAUUUGAUGGAUUAACAAUAGAUAUCAAUGAUAUUACACCUGUUCAUGAUCCUCAAUUACCAAAAACUGGAGAAUUGGAUACAUUGUUUGAUAACUUGAGAAUUGAUCUUAAUAAUUCUAUACCAAGUAAUACUAAUGAAUCGUUAUGCCAAGUUCAAUGUACUGUACCAGAUGGUGCUAGUAGCAGUGAUACUGUAAGUAAUUGUAGCGUGUUAAAUGGAGGAGUACGUGGACGAAUGAGAUUACAUUCCAACGAAACUGCCACACCAUCGUCGAUGUAUUGUGGUCAAGCUAAUGCUCAUCACAGUUCUACAUAUAACACUAAUGCAAAUCAAUCUGGUAUAGAUAAACAUAAUUCUACUCAACAUCACAAACCACAUGAAAAUGAUAAACCAGGAAGUAGUAAAAUGUGUUCAAUUCACUUAGCAAAUGGACAUGCUGUCCCUAUGUCAGAUAAACCAGUAGCACAAACACAAGAAAAACCAAUGAAUAGAACAUCAGAACGACAUACGACAUCCUUGAUCGAUGGAUGCAUACCAUCACGUUCAGAACCAUCACGUUCAACCAAUCAUAACAUAUCAGAGGGACGUCCAAUUUCUCGUCCAGAACAGUCUUCGUCCGUUCCUAACACAAACGAACGUUUGAUGAAUUUUAGAGCAGAUCAAUCUGCAUCGAAUUCAGUUUCGGAUGGGCGUACAGUUCCUCAAUCAGAACCAUUGUCUCUAUCUAAUGUAAAUACAUGUUCAACCUCUCGAAUAGAAUCGACGUCACUCCCUAAUACAGAAACACGACCAGAUCAUUCAUCCGAGGCUCGUGGAGCUACUCGAUCUGAACAAAAUAAUAGUAUUCUUCUUCCACAUUGUAUUCCUCGUUCAGAGCAAUCUAUGUUAAAUACUGUAUCAGAUAGUCGCACUAUACCACAUUCUGAAGAAUUUACAACAAAUAAUUUACCAGAAUCUCGUUCGCUUACUAGAAUGGCUCAACCAACAGUUUCAUUGACAGGGCAACCUACAAUGUCUGUAGCUGGACAACCUAUUAUACAACCUGGAUCUUCAGUAAUGCUUCCAGAAGUUGAAAAUACAUGUCAUUCGGAGGAACCUCUUCCACCUGGAUGGGAAAUGAGAUGCGAUGGUUAUAGUCGAAGGUAUUAUGUUGAUCAUAAUACAAGAAGUACAUCAUGGGAAAGACCACAGCCGUUACCACCAGGAUGGGAAGUACGCAGAGAUCCUAGGGGUAGAAUUUAUUAUGUGGAUCAUAAUACAAGAAGUACAACAUGGCAGAGACCAAAUACAGAAAGAUUGCAACAUUUCCAACAGUGGCAAGGUGAAAGGCAAUAUGUCGUUCAACAAGGCAAUCAACGAUUUCUUUAUCCUCAACCUCUUGGGGCAGCAGCCGCUGUAGCAGGACCUUUAGCUUCUGCUAUACCUGAUGAUGAUGAUAUCCUUGGACCAUUACCAGCUGGUUGGGAAAGACGUAAGCAACCAGAAGGUCGAGUAUAUUAUGUAAAUCAUAAAAAUCGAACAACUCAAUGGGAAGAUCCUCGUACGCAAGGACAAGAAACAGGAAUAGAUGAACCACCAUUACCAGAUGGUUGGGAAAUUCGAUUGACAGAAGAUGGUGUUCGAUAUUUCGUGGACCACAACACAAGAACAACAACAUUCCAAGAUCCAAGGCCAGGUGCACCAAAAGGACCAAAAGGAGUUUACCGAGUACCAAGGGCAUAUGAAAGAUCAUUUCGUUGGAAAUUAUCCCAAUUUCGUUUCUUAUGUCAAACCAAUGCAUUACCCAAUCAUAUAAAGAUUAGUGUAAGUCGACAAACAUUAUUUGAGGAUUCUUAUCACCAAAUAAUGAAUGCAGAAGCAUUUGCGCUUAGACGAAGAUUAUAUAUUAUAUUUAAAGGAGAAGAAGGGUUGGAUUAUGGAGGCGUAUCUAGAGAGUGGUUCUUCUUAUUGAGUCACGAAGUUCUAAAUCCUAUGUAUUGUUUAUUUGAAUAUGCUAAUAAAAGCAAUUAUAGCCUGCAAAUAAAUCCUGCAUCUUACGUCAAUCCUGAUCAUUUACAAUAUUUUAAAUUUAUUGGCAGAUUUAUUGCAAUGGCUCUUUACCAUGGACGAUUUAUCUAUAGUGGUUUUACUAUGCCAUUUUUUAAAAGAAUGUUAAAUAAAAAACUAGUUAUGAAAGAUAUAGAAUCUAUUGAUCCAGAAUUCUACAAGUCUCUUAUAUGGAUAAAAGAGAAUAAUAUAGAUGAAUGUGCUCUAGAAUUGUAUUAUAGUGUUGACUUUGAAAUUCUUGGACAGGUCAUUCACCACGAAUUAAAAGAAAACGGUGAUAAGAUUAGAGUUGUUGAAGACAAUAAAGAAGAAUAUAUUAGAUUAAUGACUGAAUGGAGAAUGACCAGAGGUAUAGAAGAACAAACAAAGGCCUUUUUAGAUGGAUUUAAUUCAGUUGUACCAUUAGAAUGGUUAAAAUAUUUUGACGAACGUGAAUUGGAGUUAAUGCUUUGCGGUAUGCAAGAAAUUGAUGUAGAAGAUUGGCAACGUAAUACUAUUUAUAGACAUUAUACGCGUAAUAGUAAACAGGUUCUAUGGUUCUGGCAGUUCGUUACAAGAACGGACAGUGAGAAAAGGGCUCGCCUUUUACAAUUUGUAACUGGUACUUGCAGAGUUCCUGUUGGAGGAUUUGCUGAAUUAAUGGGAAGUAACGGGCCCCAACGAUUUUGUAUUGAAAAAGUUGGAAAAGAUACGUGGUUGCCAAGAUCUCACACAUGUUUUAAUAGACUCGACUUACCACCAUAUAAGAGUUAUGAUCAAUUGGUAGAGAAAUUAAAUUAUGCAAUUGAAGAAACUGAAGGUUUUGGUCAAGAAUAAUUAUUACAGAUAUAAAAGAUCGUUCGAGUGCAGAUUCUGUAUCAUAAUUUAAUCCAUAAUAGGCAUGAAUGGAUGGCAAUAGUCCUUGGCACUACGAUUUACGUUUCACAUCAAUAAAUACUGAAAGUUUGCUGCUUUUUAAUGAUGUAAUACAUUCAGAAUUUAUCGAAAUUAUUAUAAAACAACAUGGAAUAUAAAAUCUGAUUUCGUAUUAUAUCUUGAUGUAUAUUAUAUACAGGUAUAUGUGGAGAAGUAUCACUAAUAUUGUAAAAAUUAAAAGUUACUGACUAUUUCUGUUAAUAUUUAUAUUGAUUCAGGCAUAUGCACAACAUUGUAGAUUAUCAAAAACAAUUAUUUUUGUAAUCUACAUUGAAAAUUGUAUAUUCCACAAGUUAUUAUAUUUCUAUCUGAAUUGGAAAUAUUUCUUUCCAAAGUGUACUUUUUAAUUUUGUGCAUUUACAAAAUAUUAAAAGAAAAUGUCAAUGAAACGUAACCAAGUAUAUAUUUUCUCUGAUUAUUUUUGUCAUUAAUACUUUUAAGUAUUCACAGUGCAAGUUUUAAAUGUUUGUUCUAAAUCUUUUAAUUCAAUGUUUUAUCAUAAUUUAUAAUGUAACGUUAAAAAACUAAGAUAAUAAUGAUUUGUUCCAUAUUGUCAAAUUUCAUUGAUAUUUUCUAUGUUUCAUUAUGAUUACAUAAAUAUGAUAGGAUUAAAUACAUAAAUUAAUUGUACAUAUUGAAGCUAUAUGUAGCCAUGCAAUAUACUGUAACGGAAAUAACUAUCCUUAUGAUGUUUAGUUUGUUUAGGUUACUUAAUCCCUUGCCUUAUAAUAUUGUACGAGACUUGUAAUAAUGUUUACGGACCAAACAUCAAAAAAAACACAAAUCGGAUUACUUUGACCACAGGCGCAGCAUUGGAUUUAAUUUUUUCAAGUAUAUAGAUCCAAUAAAAUCAAAAUAAAGAUCAUGAAGAGCUUGUAAAAUUUUCUUAAAUGAAAAACAUGUAAAGUUGCUUUGUA